AUGACAGUGCGAUGACGCGAUAAUUCCAAUAUCGUCCUGCGCUUUAUAUAACAGCCCUUGCAAUGGGGAAUGAAGACCUGCGUCGGUAAGACAUGAAUACACAGGUGGUAAUUGUCCUUGCUGCUUUGGCCUUUGCGCCGUGUAAUAGCAACGAACUGCAAGCGCCAGUUUACAAGUGGACAGAUGACGUGACGGGAGUUCCCGUGACGUGUGACAAGUGUCCCCCUGGAACUCACGUGGUGAAGCACUGCACAAAGAAAAGGCCAACAGAGUGUGGCGCAUGCCCAGACCGGCAUUACACUGAAUUCUGGAAUUACAUAGAGCGAUGCAGAUAUUGUAAUGUUUUCUGCAUGGAGGACCAAUUCGAAAAAUCACCCUGUAACGCAACACACAAUAGGGUGUGCGAGUGUAAAUCUGGACAUUAUUUUAAUCAAGGAUUUUGCAUGAAGCACAGCACUUGUCCUCCCGGUGAAGGCGUACAUGUGACUGGUACAGCGGAGGCCGACGUCAAAUGUGUCCCGUGUGAGGAGGGCUACUUUUCGUCCGAGUACUCGAGCAUAGAACCAUGUCAGAAACAUUCUCGGUGCAAAGACCACGAGAGAGCCAUUCCCGGCCACGCGAAACGGGACACGUUUUGUACGUUGUGCAAGCCUCGCAGCUGUGACCUUUCAGGCUCUUCCGAAGAUCAGGCUGUGUGUGACAGGGCUGUGAUGGACUACGUCUCCCAAUAUCCUCUCCAUCUCAAGAAACGCAGACGACUUGAAAACACAAUGAGAAGGAUAGCCAAGGAGAAGGGCAAAAAUGUGCCCCUAGUGAACAUGUUCCUGACUAUUCAGGAGAGCCGCAAAGAUCAGCCAUUUGCCUGUAUAAUGGUAGACAUCUUGAAAAAAUCUUAUUUAUUUAAUUUGGAAUGUAAAGUCAAGAAAUUUUUCCUAGGCGAGGAAGAGGAAUGUUAACGUGGUUACUUGUUUGAGUGUUGCUCAUUGAACAGCAGUGACAGGGGAUGUUAUAGCUAAGAAUUAGCCUGUGUUUGUAUCAAGGUUGUUGUAUUAUUUUGUUUGGUGUACGUUUUGAGUAAGUACGACAACAAGCCAGAAUUCCAUCAGUCAAGUAUCAAACUGUGUGAAAGCUUUUUAUUUUCAUUUUUUAAAUUUUUGUAAAGUGCUGUGUCACCUUCAUUUUUUUAUUUUUGUAAAGUGCUGUGUCACCUUGGAUAAUCUUGUCCAGAGUAAAAAAAUCAAUGCAGUCAGAAUGGUGGAGGCAUGGUUUGCUAUGCAAACGUAGCUUGCUGGUAUGACCCGUAUGUGUAUGAAUAAAUAAACUGAGUGCCAUUGGGCUAGGUUAUGCUUUCUGUUAUGGGUCUUACUCAGUAAGUAAUCCUGUCAUAUUUAGCUGGCGCUUUCACUAUGAACACUUUUCCCAUGUUUAACUUAUUGAAAUGAGGUUGUUUUAUGUCAAUUCUGUUUUGUUUUUGUUCACGUAAUGAGGUCACCUAACAGUUACUAAUUUAUUAACCUUUGUUGUAACAUACAUCUGUCUGUGAAUAUUUAUGCUGCAAUAUAGACUUUGAAAUAUAUGUUUAGAAGGAAAUUAGAUAGUGUAGUCCUGAAUAUAAUGCAAAAGCAAAUCACACUCUGACACCAUGUAAAAAAUACCAAAUAAAUUGUUUUUUUUCAUAACACA